UUUCCGGACGAGAGAGGAUCAUAAAGAUGACUAAGGAAAACAAUGGAAAUUAAAGUAUAUGGAAGAACAAAUUAAAGCUUACUACGACGUUUUGGGAGAUCAAGGCGUUGGAAUGGAAGGUCCUCUCGUUGAUGCAGAGGGCUUCCCUCGCGCAGAUGUUAAUGUGUACCAGAUCAGAACAGCAAAGCACAGUAUUUCUUGUAUACAGAAUUAUCACAAAGCCAUCAUGGUGGAAAUUGAGAUGGCCCUACACAGGCUGCAUGCUCGAGAGAAGGCAAAGCGGGACCAGGACCAGGCAGAGUCCCAGGCUGAGUCCAUGGAGCAGGAGGUCACCCUGCCCUCUCCCUUCGCUCGUGCGGAUGCUGUCUCACAAGGCUCCCCUGCCUGUCAGGCUGUGAGUGUUUACAGUGCCUAGAUUGACCUAAAACAUAUAUAUACUUUUUUUUUACGACACUGGCAUGGGUAUUUACUUAGUGUGUUUGUUUGGGGUAUUUAAGGGUGGUUUUGUUUUCAGUUGUGAGAAAUGUAUGUUUCUUCCCCAUAGUUAGUGAUGGUAUCAUAGCGUUUGGAUCCGUCAACGCAAGGAACUUCCAGAACCUGCAGAAUAUUGCCUCGGUGGUUCAGCAUAGUGAAGGGGUAUGUUACAGUCUGAUCAAAAUAAUCUUGUUAUAACCACUUUUAUUUUAUUGUUCAUAUGCCAAAUGGCCUAAUCAUUAUCAUAUGAAAUGCAGUCACUACAGUGAUAACUUACCAGGCAUGACAUGUUGUCUUUCCAUUUUCUCCGUAGAAACCAUUAAGCGUUACAGUGAUUCGAAAUGGCCAGAAAACCCAAAUGGGCCUUACCCCACUGCAGUGGUCAGGGAGAGGUUUACUGGGUUGAGUUUCCUACCUAUUGAGAUGGAUAUUAGACUGAUUUCUAUUUGUAGUUCACAUUUGAUAGCAUGGAUGUUAAAAUACAUGCCAUGCCAAGAUGCAUAUAUAUCUAAGAGAGAUUGACUAUUGACUUCUUGUUAAUUGUUUUUCCAACAGAUGCAACAUUGUGCCCAUCCAAAAAUGAUAAGGACAAUGUGACCAGCAGGAUCAUAUAGGGACAUCUUUGGGUAAACCUUACCACUAGCUCUGCUUUGGUAUGCCACUGGGUGGCAAUGAGUUAAUUACAUUUUUGAGCCCAUAGAUUAGAAGACUGCCAUUUUCAACUGAUUUAAUGUUAAUUUCAUGUUCUAAUAAAAGUAUUGUUUAAGGUUA